UCUUGUCCAGGCAGUCGAGGACAGUCAGAUCGUAACAAUAUCGAAUUCGAAGAGAAAUAUUUGUGUCUUUAUUUUCAAGUUUAAUGUAUAACGGACUUGAUAAGUUUAUAUAUCAGAUUUUUCUCUAGCAAGCGUUCUAUGUAUUCUUAAAUUUUGUAUACAGUGUAUAAUAUAAUUUUAAAAUCUAACCUAAUAUAAAUUUAAACAUUGUGCGUCUUUGCCAUUUAUAAAACAUGAGUCGGAAAAUGAGGAAGAAGCACGUGAAUAAUUGGCUGUGCAAACCGAAGAAGGAGAAGAACAUAAAUCUUCUACCGAAAACGCAUGAAGAAUUCAGUCAUGCGGAAUAUUGGAAUGAGUUUUUCGAAAAACGUGGCGAAAAAGCCUUUGAAUGGUACGGCGAAUUUUCACAAUUGUUUCACUUUAUUUUAAUAAAUAUCAAAUGGAAGGAUGACAUUUUAGUUGUUGGUUGUGGAAAUUCUAAGCUAAGUAUGUCAAUGUACGAUAAAGGUUACAGAAAUAUCACUAAUAUCGAUAUAUCACACAUUGUCAUCAAACAAAUGCAAGAUAUAAAUAAUGCUAAAAGACCAGACUUAGUGUUUGAACACAUGGAUGCCACCCAAAUGACGUAUCCUGAUGAGAAGUUCGAUAUAGUUCUAGAUAAGGGUACAUUGGAUGCUUUAAUGCCAGACAAUGAGCAGGCUGCAGUACUGAAACAGCUGCGUACAGUGGAAAAAUAUUUUGAGGAAAUUAAACGAGUGUUACGCCAUGGUGGCAAGUACAUGUGCGUAUCGUUACUGCAGGAGCACAUUCUUAAAGAGCUCUUGUCUUAUUUCCCUACUUCAGGCUUCAUGUUUAACAUAUCUCGAUGCCAUCAAGUAGAAGCAAAGGCACGAAUGGAAGAGGGCAUCUCAUAUCCAGUUUUCAUGGUCAUUGCGACGAAAGCCACCCAAUUACCAAAGGAUCUUAUUUUGCUCGAGCUUGCAUUGACCGACGACACACCUGAACGCGUAUCAUCCACGAACGACAUGAUGUCCGCAAUAUUGUGCGCGCAACAGUCGGCGAUGAUUUGCAGCAGUCUUCGUAAUAAAAACACCACUAAAGUGGGUGAAAUAAUCUUUGACCUGUAUCGGCCAAAGGAAAAACUUCCGCGUUAUACCGUCUGCGUUCUCGAACAGCCGCGCAUACGCAAAGCGAAGACAUAUGCGGCAUUUAUAGUCCCACAAGGAAGGGAGAUGGAUUGGUUGUUCUGUACGAAGGAGGGGCGGCUGCAGGUUUUGGAUAACACGGGGCGAGAGAGGCUCGCGAUCUUCAUCUUAAACAGAGAGCACAAAUUCGAGAGUUUGGAUGCCGUGCAAGCCGAGCUGGCAGAAUGCGUGCGCAAUCUAGCACCAGCCGGUCUCUGCGGCGUGAGCGAUAUCCCUUACUUGUCCUUGGGACCAGACAUUGCAGUUCGCAGCGUUUGCUACGAGGGAGACAGCAUUAUGAGCGGGCCGUUUGUGGUCGAAGAUAUAAAGAAAGACGGCCAUAAGUUCAGACGGCUCGUGUUCUUGAGUAAUCCCUACGUUAUCCAGAGCGAGAUGAGGUUUAUGAAAUCUAAAAACGUACAUAAAAAGGGGAAGAAGCUCGAUUUUGGAUUUCUAGCCUGUGAGCAUCAUGUAUAUAUGAGCGCCGGUGUAAACACAGUGAUAGAUAUCAACGAGCCGGACGAGAUUAUGAUUAUAGGUCUAGGGGGUGGUGGACUUUGCUCGUUUUUGCAUCAUUGUUUUCCCAAACUGAAAAUUACUGCUGUUGAAAUCGACGACGCAAUGCUGGAAGUGGCCACCAAGUAUUUCAAUCUCAUUCUUGACGACAGAAUGAAAGUGGAGAUCGCGGAUGGAAUCGAAUUUAUCAGAUACAGUAUACGCUGUAAGAAGAAGUACAAGGCUAUACUGUUCGACAUCGACAAUAAAGAUACCACUGUCGGGAUGAGUUGCCCGCCCAGAGAGUUUCUCGAUUCGACGCAGUUGGAAGCGGUCGCGAACCUCUUGACGGAAGACGGCAUUUUCAUCUUGAACCUGGUCAGCAGAGACUUAGAUUUGAAAAACAAGGCAAAGAGAGCCUUACGGUUGGCGUUCCAGUCGAUCACUUGUUACGCUAUUCAGGGUGAAGUGAACGAAAUCAUCAUGUGUUCCCUGGAAAAGAAGGAUAAGAAGGAAUGGGGGGACAUACUGAAACUCGCCGUUGCCAACCUGAACAAGCAAGCUGCCGCGAGAAAAUUAUCCUCUUUCGAAGAAGCAUUCGACGUCUCCGCACUUUUGGAAAGUCUGUCUAAGGAAUUUUAAUCUUUCUAUACAAAAACUUCAUCUUCUUCAUCCCCCUAGAAUCAAAUCCUGUUUCCUUCGACAUGUGCCUCAGUCAAGUUCUUGAAAGACUGAGGUCCAGCUUUCGCUCCAUCUUUUGAUCUUCUUGGCGGUCUUUUGGGAUUUAGGUUUCGUACAAUUUUGACCAAACGAUUCUCAUCCAUACAAUCCACAUAGUCUCUUCGCUCUCUUCUCCUCCCUCUAGCCCAUCUCGCUACAUCCCUUAUCUCAUCAUUUCUUCGGUCAAGAAGCGUGUUUUCAGUGAUUUGUUUUACGUUGAGUAUGUAUCUCUGUUGUUCGAAGAUUUUCGGUGCGAGUAGUAUCCGCCCUUGUUUCCACUGCAUACGCCAUAAUCAGGCGUAAAAGGUUGAUAUCAGGUCCACAAAACACAUAAAGACUGGCUUGUUGAAUUCAAUAGCUUUUUCUACGAGUUGACGUAUGACAAAUAUUACAUCCUCGGUGGACCUAUUGGGCCUGAAUCUCUGUUAUUCUGCACGAAUACGUUUCUCACAAUAAAUAAUUAAAAUUACAAACGUAAUGUUUUAUGCGUCUCAACGUAUGUAUUCCAUCAAUGCGCUAUAGCGAUUCAUAGACGGGUUGAAGAAAGAAAGCACAAAAAUCAUGUAUGGUAUAUAUUGUAUGACGAGUCUUUUGGCAACUUUAUUUCUUCAUCAAUUCAUUAUACGCGCAACGUGCAUUACUUUCAUAUAUAUUUACAGGCGUACAAUUUAAUUACAAGCGAUGAUUAAAAUUCAGGCGCAUGAGUAACAAUCGUUACAAUAAUUGACUAAACAUUCAACGAUAGGCGCAAAUGAUCUUAAGUAUAUUCUCUUUUUCCACGCACGCGUACACGCAUAUUUUUCGCUCUCUCUUACAUACUUAUUCUAAUACAAAAUUUCGAUGAACAUCCAGAGAUACUCGUUCGAAUAUUCACUCGGAUACAUUGUAAAUUUCUCUCGAAAUUGCAGGGGAGGACACGUCUAUAGCAGAAAAGAAGGAAAUAAAUAAAUAUUUAUAAACGUAAAAGUAUAAAAUUAACGGUUUUCACUCUGUAACACGGAUACAUAAAACAGGCGCACUUAAUGAAUUAAUGUUGAGGAUGACGCAAAGAAGUGGAGAGUCGAUCUCUGGGCGAAAAUAAAUUCACUACUUAAUGUCAUUUAAUAUCAAGAUCAUAUUUUCAUGAGAUCAAAAUGUACACACGAAUGACGAAUAACGAUUUCGAAUGUAUAAUAUAUAUGAUCGUGUAUACGUUAUCAAAUAUAACACACACACAUAUACA